AUGGCUGAAAAUUCGGAAAGUUGGAAAAAUCCAAAAAAAAAAGAAAAAUUUUCGAAAAAAAAAUGCAAAAAGAUUCAAAAAAUAGGGUUUCAAAUUUUUUGGAUUCAGAAGUUUUUGUACCAGACUAAUAUUCCACGAACUCUUAUGUACCCGAUUUGUUUGUUUCUCCUGUUCGCCCACAUAUUGCAGAGUUUCGGGGAAUUUUCGAGACGUUCUAUUGCCUUCUGGACGCUGAUGUUGAGCUCCACACAUUUGCCUAUGGACCAGCUUUUACGGUUUUUCGAAGUUCCAAAAAUACGAUGUCCGAAAAAGCCGAUGGAUUUUAUAAACUUUCUGUCUGGUGUGGAACCUUCGGACUUUCGAUCGCUUUUUUUCGCUGUGCACUUCAUUUAUCGGUACGGAGCUGCUGAUUUGGCAUUUCAAAAAAAGUAUCUGGCUGGGAAGAAGCUGAUUUUCCUAUUUUUGGCUCCACUGGUUUAUGGGAUUUGGUGGACUGCGGUGGUUUUGACAAUGUUUCAGCCUAGUCCAGAAUCCGAUGAGUUCAUGAGAAUCAAUAUUUUCGAACCAACUAAAUUAGAUAUGAUAGAGCUCCACGAGUACUACAAAAAGGAAAUUAAAUUCACCAUUUUUCGAACAAGUCUCUUCAGAAUCCCUUUUCUUCGCCGUUAUGACACCCAACUUGAGCAUAUUUCCUAUGUAAUCGUCUGGUUUUAUACACCAAGUGGAGAGGUAAUUUGGUCCACAUUUCUCGCAGUUGUCUGUAAUUGGUUCAUGAUGUUCACUUCGUUUUUCUGUGUGAUUUAUUUCGGAAUCAAGUGCUAUUUAAAAAUCAAAAAAGCGUUGAAAACUUCGAAAAUGUCCUCGUAUUAUACGAAAUCAAUUCAGAACCAAUUGUUUCAAGCAUUGGUUAUACAGACUCUUAUUCCUUUUCUACUAAUGUAUGCUCCCGUGGGAAUGUUAUUUUCCUUCCCGAUGCUAAAUACAAAUGUUGGAUUUAUCAGUGGCUUUGUGGCAGCUACCAUUGCAAUCUAUCCAGCUGUGGACCCAUUGCCAACUAUGUUUAAUGUGAAAAAUUACAGAAAAACCAUUUUGUGUGGCUGUUUUAGGAAGAAAUCGAAAAAAGAUAAUAAAAAUGCUGUGGAGCUUGGAUGA